AUGGCCGCCGUCGCCUGCUUUGCUUCGGUCGCCCAGGAGCUGCUGCGGCAUAGCCUGCAUGCUCCGCUCGUCAUGGCCGCCCCCGCCUGCUCUGGUCACCGCAGAGGAUGCAGCCACCCAGCAGCCUGCCUGCUCCACCCGCCGAGGACGCCCAGCCACUCGCGACGGAGCUCUCCAGGCCGGCCCACGGUGGAUCUCUUCUGCACCACCCAAGCCGAGCUCGACCGGCCGCUGCGGGGCUCGCUCGUGGAGACCGCCCGGGACGCUGUUGAAGUCGCACCUUGGCUGGCUACGGUUCCGUGCUCCGAUCCCCUUCCUUUUUGUUGUUGGCCGCGCCAUGCCCUUGGCAGAGGCGAGCCUCGACCGUGCCGCUCGCAGGGCAGGCGUGCCUGGACGCGGUCCCUUGGCCGGCCCGUGUUCGCGUCAUCGAGGCCCUUGCCAGGCUCCUCCGCCUAUCGCGCAUUGCCGUAUCUCAUGACGAUGUCCGGGCGCACCAAACAUGAAGGAUCACAUCAACUUGAUUCAAAACGUGCUGUGCAUUCGUGCCGAAAAAAUGUACCUGGCACAUCAUUCGUCUCAGAUUUGAGAGAUCACAUCCACGAGUUCAUCAAUGCCUCUGCAGAUGAACACAGGACAUGCUUCACAAAGACUAUCAAGAAGAUGUUCGGGAUGUCAAUGAUUGUCGCACAGAGAUUGACCGAAUCAGAGGAAGCUGGAUCAAAGAUUGUCGCGCAGAGACCGUCUGAAGCAGAGGAAGCUGGACCCGCAAGUGUCAUGCCACUACAGACCACUGUGUCCCGGUAG